AUGGUGUUUUACUUAACCUCCGAGGCUUCUCCUUCUGUUUACACCAUUUACAUGGGGAAGGAUAAGUAUGAAAAUGAAGACUUGAUAAAGUAUGGCUGGCCUGAAGGUGUCUGGUUCCACCUGGACAAGCUCUCUGCACACGUGUACCUGCGGCUGCACAAGGGGCAAACAGUGGAUGACAUCCCCAAAGAGGUUUUGAUAGACUGUGCCCAUCUGGUGAAGGCAAACAGUAUCCAAGGUUGCAAGAUGAACAAUGUCAGUGUGGUGUACACACCAUGGACCAACCUAAGGAAAACAGCAGACAUGGACGUGGGGCAAAUCGGCUUUCACAGGCAGAAGGAUGUGAAGAUGCUGACAGUGGAGAAGAAGGUGAAUGAGAUCCUGAACCGGCUGGAGAAGACCAAAGUGGAGCGAUUCCCAGACCUGGCUGCGGAGAAGGAGGCCCGGGGCAGGGAGGAGAGAAAUGAGAAAAAAGCCCAGAUCCAAGAGAUGAAAAGGAAGGAAAAGGAAGAGAUGAAGAAGAAGAAAGAGCUGGAAGAACUUAGGAGCUACUCUUCAUUGAUGAAGGCUGAGAACAUGUCCUCCAAUCAGGAUGGCAACGACUCAGAUGACUUUAUGUGAAGAGUUUCUCUCCGCUCUCCAUCACAAGGUCAGGGAUAUCUGAAAUCACCACUGCUAAGAAUGCC